CGGCCGCUCGUCGGCGCUCGGGUCCGCGGCCGCUGCGGCGCCGGGCAUUUCUCCGCAGCUCGGCUCGCGGCCGCGCCCGCCGCCGCCCGGCCCGCGCCCAUGCAGGCCAUCAAGUGCGUGGUGGUCGGCGACGGCGCCGUGGGGAAGACAUGCUUGCUGAUCAGCUACACGACCAACGCCUUCCCCGGAGAGUACAUCCCCACCGUCUUUGACAACUACUCUGCCAACGUGAUGGUGGACGGGAAGCCGGUCAACCUGGGGCUGUGGGACACGGCGGGGCAGGAGGACUAUGAUCGGCUGCGGCCGCUCUCCUACCCCCAAACUGACGUCUUUCUAAUCUGCUUCUCCCUGGUGAGCCCGGCCUCCUUCGAGAACGUUCGUGCCAAGUGGUACCCAGAGGUGCGGCACCACUGCCCCCACACGCCCAUCCUCCUGGUGGGCACCAAGCUGGACCUCCGCGAUGACAAGGACACCAUUGAGCGGCUGCGGGACAAGAAGCUGGCCCCCAUUACAUACCCACAGGGCCUGGCCAUGGCCCGGGAGAUCGGCUCCGUGAAGUACCUGGAGUGCUCAGCCCUGACCCAGCGGGGCCUGAAGACAGUGUUUGACGAGGCGAUCCGGGCAGUGCUCUGCCCGCCCCCGGUGAAAAAGCCAGGGAAGAAGUGCACUGUCUUCUAGAGCCUGAGGGCUGGCAGGGGAGCAGCCCUAGACGUGUCUGCUGUUGUGUUGAGACGUGUGGUGUCCCUGAGUUGGCAGUGGGGAGCAGUGGGGGUGGGCAGCGGGAAGCAUGGGGACGAGGCUGGGCGGCAGGGUCCUGUUCUCUCUGCCGCCUCUUUCUGGGGUGUGGCUCCAGCCUUCCCUGGCCCCCACCAGAGGCCGGGAGGGAGCAUGGUCUCCCUCGGGGCUGAAGGGGCAGGUGUGGGGAGGGUGGGGGGGAGUUCUGUCCAUUGCGCCCCUCAGCGGGGCGGCCCCUUCUUAUUUUAUACAAUAAACAUUCUCUACCUA